AAUCCCUCACACACAUGUCCUCUGAAUUGAAGCGCACCUAGCUAGGUAGUGUAGCUACCCUUUCGUCCUCCCGUUUCUCCUUGGUACUGGAAGCUGCGCUCGGCCUCUCAACCCCUAAAAAAAGAACAAUCCCAACCCCAAACGGGCAAAAAAAUGAUAGGGGAGUGGAAGUGGAGUGGAUGCAGCAGCUAGCUCCAAAUCACCAAAGGGAAAGGAAUCCUCCUCUACCUCUUGCUCUUCCUCUUCUUCUUCCCUUGCAACUGUAUUGGAGUAGCAGCACUACCAUUGCCACCCACUUUCUUCUCUACCACUACAGUCUACAACAAGUGUUGGUAAAAUUAAAAGUGAGUGAACAGUGGUGGGAGAGGGGGUGGUGAGGUGAGGUGGUUCUCCCUCUGGGCAAUUAUUGCCACCUUUGGAGUUUGGAGUCCUCCAAUAGGAGUCUCCUCCUGUGUUGUCUGCAACUACUGUCCCUCCUCCUCCUCCUCCUCCUGCUUCCUCUCUCUGCCCAUUCCGACUCUGCUACGAGUAGAGUAGCUCUUCUCCCUCGGGGUUGGUGCGUGCUCUUCUUCACACCCUCCCUCCAUCGUCUUCCUCGCUUUAAAGCUCAAAACCACUGCAGCAAGCAAGGAAGCAAGCUUCGUCCCUCCCCGUCCCCGGUGGGUGUGGUUUGGCUCCUGGAGUUCUUAAUUGCAUGCUCCGAUCUCUCCCUAUCCGUUCUGCUACCUAGCUCCGUCGAUCCCACUUUUUUCCUGUCCUGCCGAAGCUUUUGCUUCCAAUCAACCCUUGUUGCUGGUGUUUGUGUGUGACUGUUCUUCUUCUUGGGCGAGGAGAGAUCGAGAAGGGGUCGCACAAGCUCCCCCGGCGCAGGCAAGCAAUUCUUGGAGUCGUUCCCGCGCGCGUGUGUUUUGUCAUGGACUGGGAGCCCAAGAUGCCUUCGUGGGACCUCGGCACGGUGGUCGGGCCGAGCGGUGGUGGUGGUGGAGGCGGCGCGCUGGACCUCAAGCUCGGCGCGCCGACGAGCUGGAGGCCGGUCCCGGCGGUGGCAGCGCCGGUGCAGCAGCCGGUUUCGUCGGCGCCGGCGAAGAGGGCGCGGUCGGGGCAGGGCGCGCAGCAGGCCGUCCCGCCGUGCUCCGUCCAGGGCUGCACGGCCGACCUGUCCCGCGUCCGCGAGUACCACCGCCGGCACAAGGUCUGCGAGGCGCACUCCAAGACGCCCGUCGUCUCCGUCAACGGCCAGCAGCAGCGCUUCUGCCAGCAGUGCAGCAGGUUUCAUCUGCUCGGGGAGUUUGACGAGGCGAAGAGAAGCUGCAGGAAGCGGCUCGAUGGCCACAACCGCCGCCGCCGGAAGCCGCAGCCGGAUCCCCUCAACCCUGCAAGCAUGUUCUCCAAUCACCAUGCAGGAGCAGCAAGAUUUUCGUCGUACCCGCAAAUCUUCUCCACUACAUCCAUGGCGGAGCCCAAGUGGCCUGGCAGCAUCGCCAUCAAGACGGAGGCCGACGCGUUCCACGAGCAGUACUACUCGGCCUUCCACCUCAAUGGCGGCGCCUCCCUCUUCCACGGCAAGGCGACCGAGAGGAAGCACUUUCCCUUCCUGACCGACCACGGCGAGACGGCAGGAUUCGGCUGCCAGCAGCCCUUCACCAUCACCCAUUCCUCGGAAAGCAGCAGCAACAGCAGCAGGCACAGCAACGGCAAGACGAUGUUCGCCCAUGACGGGGGACCAGAUCACAGCUGUGCUCUCUCUCUUCUGUCAGACAACCCAACUCCGGCGCAGAUAAUGAUCCCCGCCGAGGCGCAACAUCUCGGUGGCGGCGGUGGCAUAGCGAUGCAGUUCAGCGGCGGUGGCAGGGUGGCACGGCUGCCCAACGACAGCGACGUCUCUCUCACCGGCCUGUCUUAUGUGAGUUUGGGAAACAAGGGCGCGCCCAUCUUGCCUACAUCUACCAGAUCACAACACGCUGCUACUGAUACCGCUGCUGUUACUACCAGCUCAGCUGCAGCACAGCUACAACAAUACCAUGGCUACUACCACCAAGUGAGUGCUGAUCAGGGGAACUCAGCUGCAGGUUCCAUGCAUGCCCUUCCCUUCUCGUCAUGGUAGUUGUCUCCUGAUCAACCAGAUCCUAGGCAGUCGGUGUUGGUCAUCACUUACCAAAUAUGCACUCCCUGAUAAUAGUAAUCCUGAUGAUGAUCCUCAAAAUUUCACCAAGAUACUGCCCAUUUCCAACUUUUCCUGAUACUUCUAACUUAUGGAAAAUCCCCUCUACUUAUGAUUCAGAAUUGCAUUUACAAUUCUAUUCUGUAUUGGUUGGUUUGUUCAUUUUGGCCAUGCACUUGCUUGGUAGG